UACACACAGACCAUAAAAAUCAUAAUUCGGUUAAUCGACGUGUGAUGUGUGACGAUCUGCCUGCGAAACCUCACAAGAUUUGCCUCUUUAGAUACCGUAUUUUCAUUCGUUUUAGCAGCAAGAAUCCAAUUGAACUGAAGUCUUCAACAACUGACCAAAAUAUCCAAAUGAGGUGAUGAGAUAGCGAGAGGACAGAGAUUUCACCAUCUCUCAAGGAACAAAACAAGAGGAACCGCUUCCUGCUGUAACCAUGGCAACACCUCGCUCGGGACUCAAGCCUCCGUCGCGGAUCAGCAAGUCCGGAGGGAUCCCACGGCCGGGCAGCCUGAAUUCACAAACAGUCAAGGUCGAAGCAUCCUUGUUACACGCCACUCGUAUCAAAGAUGCCGUGGCCCAGUCGGCCAGGGUGGUCGGGAUGAAGCCGUCGGAGGCUAGCCACUAUGCUGACAACCUCGUCAAGGUGGUCCCUUCGUCAAACUCCUCAAACUCCUCCACCCCGAAAGACAAUUUCAUCAUCGGUGAGCGGGUCAUCGUUAGCGGCAACAAGCGCGGCUACAUCCAGUACCUCGGGGAGACGCAGUUCGCCCCUGGUCAGUGGGCCGGGGUCGUCCUAGACGACGCCGUGGGAAAGAACGAUGGAUCCGUCAACGGGGUCCGAUACUUCCAAUGCGAGCCCAAGAGAGGGGUCUUCGCCCGGCCGGACAAACUCUCCCGCGAGUCGGCUGCUGGGAGCGCCAACCUUGCCUCGGCCGUCGCGGGGCAGGGUUUGGCCAGACCCACGGGGCUUCCGUCGGCACCCAGGAUGGGGACGAGGGUGGCCUCACCCAGGGCAUCAGUGGCCAAGCUUCCCCCCUCGGCGGGGAAGGCGUCAGGUCUGGUAGAGGAUAUGUCGGGGGACAAUGCCAACACAGGGCUCAAGGGUGGUGAUCGCGUCAUGGUCAGCGGCACCAAGCUAGGCACGCUGAGGUACAUCGGCACCACCGAGUUUGCCAAGGGGGACUGGGCCGGGGUAGAGCUGGAUGACGAACUGGGCAAGAACGACGGUGCCGUAGCAGGAACAAGGUAUUUCCAAUGCAAGCCCAAGCACGGCCUCUUCGCUCCCAUCCACAAAGUCACCAAAGUGCGGGGCAAGCCCCCUCCUCGCUCUUCCAACCUCGAGACGGUUACCAGGGAAAAACGCAGCAGCAGUACCAGCUCCCUGAGCUCCAUGGGCUCCACGGCGUCCAGCUUCUCCAGGAACAUGGGCCACGGGGGAUCGGCGGCUGAUUCCGGAUCGCCGCGGACACAGGAGGCUACAAGAAGAAUAAGUGCUGGUGUGCCACAGCCGGAAAAAAGAAAUGGUUUUGGUUUUAAAGCUGACAAUGCGCACGUGCAUGGCCAUGCUGAUGAAAUGCCCAACGAGUCUGGUUUGGUUGCCACGGUAACGCAGCCCCUCCACCAAGAGUCCCCCGCCCAUUCCCGACUUCAGCGGAAGAGGGACAGUGACUCUGGCCUGAGCCGAGAAUCGCUAGAGUUAUCUCACCAGGCCGAGCAUGAACUAGCAGUUAUCAAGGCGCAACAUGAACAGUAUGUACGCGACAGUGAGGAGAACUUGGACUCGUUGAGGGCGCUGGUCGAGUCGGCUGACAGGGAGAAAGUGGAGCUUUUGCAGCAACUGGAAGAAGAGAGAAGAAAGCUGGAGGAUCUUCAGUUUCGGCUUGAAGAGGCCAACAUCAAUUCUACAGACCUUAAGGCUGAGCAGAAGGAAGAGACGGCCCGCGUGAAAACCUUGAAAGAGAGGCUAGUGGAAGAGAAUCAUCGGGCGUCCAAACUACAGCAAGAGGUGGAUGUAUUGCAGGGCCAUUUUGAGGAGAAAGACUUCAAGAUUGCCGAGCUGGAGGCAGAGUCAGCCACCUACCAGGAGCAGAUCGACUUCCUGCAGAAGGAGAACCAGAACGCCUUGGGUCAAGUCGCCAAGCAGGAGUACAACAAGCUGGUGCAGAAGCAACGGGAGGAGAUGGUGACCCAGCGUGACCUGGAGAUAGCCAGCAUGCAGGAAAAGAUGAGCGGCAUGGUGAAGGAGAGGAAGUCUCAGGAGGAGGAACUGGCUCAUCUGAAAGCACAAAUUCAAGAUGGAUUAUCAAAGCAGCAACAGUCAUCGAAAACAAUAGAAGAUUUAGCCAAUCAGCUUACAGAGAAAGAGUCUUCCCUUCAGGAGCUUGCAUCGUCUGUCCAAGGAUUAAAGAACACGUGUGCAGAUUUAGAAAGAAAAUGUGUGGCGAGCGUAGAUCGCUGCGCCCAACUGGUAGAAGACAAGCAGAAACUGGAGGCAGACAUUGCCCAGAUAAUGAAGAGCUCGGGCGACAGUUCAGAACAGCUGGUCAACCUCAACGAGCAGCUCAGGACAAAAGAAAGGCGCGUUGAGGAGCUGAUGGCCGAGUUGUCCGAAGCCAACCAAUCAGUGGCCAAGCUGCGCGAGACCGUGAGCCAGAGCACAGAGGGCGCGCAACGAGACUCCAUGAUGGCAGCCGAGCGACACCGGCAAGAGGUGGAGAAAUGCCGGCUGGAAAUACACUCACUGCAAGCGAGCGUAGAGGCGGCCCAAGCCAAGCUUAGCCAGUCGCAGGAGGCCCACGCCGCGGAGGUCCAGUCGCUGUCGGCGAGCCACGAGAGCAAACUGGCCGAGGUCAGAGGAGCGGCUGAGAAACAGAAAGCGGAGUUUGAGAGGUUAGGGGAGGAGGCUGACAAACUGAGGAACUCACUGAGGGAGGCGGAACACAAAGUGGAGAAGUUAACAACGGAUAAAACCCAGGUUGAGUCCAGCCUUGAGCAGACCAGCAAGGAGAGAGACCAGCUGAAGGAGGAGCUGGAGCAGAGUCUAGCUGAGAAGCAGCAGCUGCAGCUAGCCAAGGCUGAGCUGAGUCUACGCCACGACGAGUCCUCGGGGAAACACAAACUGCUGCAGGAUCAACUGGAGAAAGAGGGGCAGACCACGGCAGAGCUCCAGCAAGCCCUAGAGGACUCCAAAUCCACCCUAGACCGGCUCACCCAAGAGCGCGACACCGCCCUGAGAGAACGGACGGAGGCUCUGGCCCAGUGCCAAGAACUGACCAUGAAGCUGGAGAGCAAGACUACCGAGGUAGCCGAGGCAGCGAAGAGGGAAGGGGCUGAACAUCAGGAGCAGCUGCAGCGGCUGGAGGAGGAGUCUAAGACGGCCGAGGAGAACAACAGGCAACUUAGAAUACAGCUAGAGGCAGCGAACCAGAGUCUGGAGGAAAUCACGUCGCAGAAGUCCCAACUAGAGUCAGAGAAAUCACAAUUACAGAAGCAGCUUGAGGAUGCACAAACGAACACGGCUGACGCAAACCAACAGACGAGCACAGAGCUAGAGAAGCUAAGGGCAACACUAGAGACACGUACUAGAGAGAAAGACGUCCUCGCUCAGGAGAAACAAUCUGCAGUCCAGGACAGAGAGGCUCUCCUGAAGGACAGAGAAGCCCUUCAACAGACUCGGGAAGCCCUUCAACGGACUCAGGAAGCUCUUCAACAGACUCAGAAAGCCCUUCAACAGAAUCAAGAAGCCCUCAGGCAAGAACAGGAAGCCACCAGCAAACAAAAGGAAUCCGUGGUCUUGGAGAGAGACACUGUACUCAAGGAGAAGGCAAACGCAGAGAAGAGAAACUCGACUCUUGUCCAAGAGAAGGAAGAAGUCUUGCUGGCUAAGACCGCAGCGGAGAGCCAGGCUCGGGAUUUAGAGCAGCGGCAAGCGGAGAUACAAGGCGAGGUGGAAGGGCUGAGGAGACAAGUGGACACGUACAAACAGCAGCUGGAGUCGCUGACGCAGGCCACAGAGGAAGGGCAGAGCAAUAUGGGCUCGCUGCAGGCUCAACUAGCUGAAGCCAGAUGCGAGUCCGAUGCCAGACAACACCAAGCCGACCAGUUGCAAGCCGAGGCCGCCAGACUAAAGAAAGAACUGGAAUCUCUGCAGGAAGCAAGGCAAUCUAAACAACAGUUGGAUGCAGAGCACACAAAGAUUUUGAAAGAAUUCCAGGAGCUGAAAGAGAAGUACGAGACGGAGACCAUGGGAUAUGAGGCUGAGAGGGACUCGAUACAGAACACACUGGACGUCACCAACUCAUUAGUGACCGAAAAAGAACGGGAGAUUGCAAACCAGAAUCAAGAGAUUACCAGCCUAAAGGGAGAACUGAUACUACUAGGCAGCUACAAGACUUCAGUGGAAAGACUCGAGGAGGAGAAGACAAGAUUAGAAGAUCAAGCCAGUGACUUACAAGUCGCGCUGCAGCAGGCUCAGCAGCAGGCAGCGCAAGCCAGCCAGCAGACCAACAGGGAUGUUGAUGUUGACGGGGAUCCGGUUCUUGCUAAGUUGCAGGAGGAGAGGGAGAUGGCGGAGGGCCAGGUUACCUUCCUCAACUCCGUCAUUGUCGACCUCCAACGGAAAAAUGACGAGCUCCGAGCACGGCUAGAGAUCAUGGAGGAAGGAGGGAUGAACGGGGCCCAUAAUGACCUAUCACUGGACGACAUGGACCUUGAGUUGUCCAAUAGAAUGCCGCCGCCGCGACUGUUUUGUGACAUCUGCGACGUGUUUGACCUCCACGACACCGAAGACUGCCCCCUACAGUCCAGUUCAGACAGUCCGCCGCCGUCCCAGUUUCAUGGUUCCAGACUUGAGGACAGAGCGUACUGUGAUAUAUGCGAAGUCUUUGGCCAUUGGACGGAAAACUGUGAUGACGAGCAGACGUACUGAGCAAAGCCAACAAAUGGG